CAGUUUCGAUACGAGAUCUCACGAGAGUUGACGUGAUCAAAGAUGUCAGCCUCCAUGAAAUAAGGACAGAAAACAUAUUUCAUAAUAUUUCAUUACAAAUCUUUAUAUAUUUGUGGUUAAAGACGAAAGGAUGGAUGCAGUGGAUAGCAACUCUAGUGACGAUGACAGCAGUCAGCAUUUAGACUCUCAGGAAAACAAUACUGAUCAAAAUAACGAAGCAGCUACCAACUCUCUGGGACACUUGUCAAAAAGACAACUUAGAAAAUUAAAGAAACAUGAACAAUGGCUCGAAAAGAAACCCGAAAAAAGAGCCAAAGAAAAACUGAAGAAGAAGCAAAGAAGACAAGAGGCUAGAGAUAGAGGAGAAACCCUUGGUCCAACUCGUAAAAUGUUAAAGCUGAACAGUAUGGAGAAAUCUACAUGUAAAGUUAAGGUUGUACUGGAUUGUUCAUUUGAUGAGUAUAUGAAUGAUAAGGAUAUAAUGAAACUAACCAAACAAGUAGGAUUUUGUUACUCAGCCAACAGGAGAGCAGAAAAUCCUCUACAGUUCUAUGUAUGUGGUUUACAUGGUCAGAUGCAGCAGAGGUUAGAAUCUAUAGGAGAUUAUAAAAACUGGGAUGUCAACUUUACAGAGAAUGAUUAUCAUGAAGAAUUUGACAAAGACAAAAUUGUUUACUUGUCAGGUGAUUCCCCUAAUGUACUUGAAGAUCUGUCUGAUGACCAUGUGUAUAUAAUUGGUGGACUAGUGGACCACAAUCAGUACAAGGGCAUGUGUCAUCAGCUUGCAGUAGAACAAGGAAUGUCACAUGCACAGUUACCUAUUGGACAGUAUAUUGAGAUGAAGUCUCGUAAAGUACUUACAGUUAAUCAUGUUUUUGAAAUUCUUUUGAAAUAUUCUGAGACAAACGAUUGGAAAGAAUCGUUCUUUUCUGUGAUACCUCAAAGAAAAGUGGUCAAUAAUCCUGAAAAGGAAGAGACCAACUCUAGUAUACAGGAAACAGAUGUGGAGAAUGCUCUUUUAAAUGAAAAUGGCAGUGACAGUAACCCAACAACAGCUGCUAGCAGUACUAAUGAAGCAGGGGACACGCUUAGUAAUAAACUUGAAAAAGACGAUGUGAAAUUGUCCAAAACUGGUUGUGACAAUAGUGCUAUGAAUGAUACAAGCUGUAGAAUGAUAUCUGAUAUAAAACAGGACUUUGACCUCUUGAAAGUAUCUAGUGAUAAAGACAUUUCAACUUCCUCCGAGGACAGCCAUUUUAAAUGCAAUUCUGUAAAAAGUAGACAUUUUGAAAAUGGUUCUCAAGAAAUAGAGAAGGAAGAUUUGAGAACUAUUAAUAGUGAUAUUGAAGAGAAUAAGCAAAAAACUUAAUAUAAUGCUAAUUCUUGAAAAUAAUAAGUUUUACAGAUAUGUAUGUGAAUUUACAUGAUUCAAGGGGACACAUGGGAAUAUGAUAUAAUGAUUUGUAAUUGGAAAAUGAAUUCAUAAAUAUUCUCUA